AUGGGGGGCGCUAAGAACAAGAGGCAAAAGCGAGAAGACUACCGUGCGGCCAUGAGGGAGGAGGGCGUCACGGAGCUCCCUCGAAAGAAGUUUUACCGGCAAAGGGCUCAUGCCAACCCGUUCUCCGAUCACCAACUCGUAUACCCCCCAAGCCCUGAUCAGAUGGACUGGUCAUCAUUAUAUCCAGACUAUGUGGUUGAAGAGGCCAAAGACAACGAAAUGGCAGGGCUAGAUGCCACGCCAGAGCGUGCUCCCAUGACAACAAAGCCCAAGAGGCUAUCAAAGGAAGUCGAAGUAGCCGACAUUGGCUGCGGUUUUGGCGGCCUGCUGGUCGGCCUCGCGCCCACGAUGCCCGACACUCUGAUCCUCGGCCUCGAGAUUCGCGUCUCCGUCACCGAGUUCGUGGAGGACCGGAUCAAGGCUCUGCGGGCAAAGCACCACGAAGCCAAGCUCUACCGUAACGUCGGGGUCCUGCGCGCCAAUACGAUGAAGUUCCUGCCCAACUUCUUCCGAAAGGGCCAGCUCACAAAGAUUUUCAUCUGCUUCCCGGACCCCCACUUCAAAGCGCGCAAGCACAAACAGCGCAUUGUCUCGACGACGCUCAAUUCAGAGUACGCCUAUGUCAUGCGGCCGGGCGGGAUUGUGUAUACCAUUACCGAUGUGCCGGACCUGCACGAGUGGAUGGUGCAGCACUUUGAGGCGCAUCCCUCGUUUGAGCGGAUAUCUGAAGGGGAGCAGGAGGCAGAUCCGUGCGUGGAAAUUAUGAGGACAGAGACGGAGGAGAGCAAGAAGGUGGAAAGGCAUAAGGGGCAAAAGCUUGUCGCCCUGUUCAGGAGGUUGGAGGAUCCCGCUUGGUGA